AUGUUCCCCAGUAGCGAAUAACGAGCAGCAGUGUGUGAAUGUGGCAACCGAGGUAGACAGGGAGGGGUAGAUAGACUGACCAGACCAGGUUUUUUGUCUUUUGUCUUUAUUUGUCUUUUCUCACAGAACCAAGUGUUUACAGACUAUGUUACGCCACGGUGGUGAACUUGUUUGAAGACCAGAAAACCCGGGCGCCGCUGCUUUUCUUUGGGACUAACGUUAACCGUUAACGGUAUCGUUGUGAAAACAGCCCAGAAGAAAGAAGGAAAGGCAGAAACAACAUGGGGCGAUAAGAAAAAAACGAAGGUGUUGUGUUGUGAAACGACGAUGACUCUCUGGGAGGAUCCGUGAAGCUUAUUUAUUCCCCCUCAUCCCCUUUCCCUUGUGUCCCUUUUUUGUUUUAUUUUUAAAUUUUCUCCCCCCUUGCUAAUUUGGGAGGUUGUUUUUUUUUUAAAGGAAAAGGCAACGGGAUACGUUAGAAGAGGACUGAAUGAUGGACCAAGCCGGCAUCCUGAGAAAGUUUAUCCAGGGGGUGAAGGCCAUGAGCGAGGGGGACGAGGAGAGGGGAGAGGACAACUUCGGCAGCGACUUUAUGCGGUUACGGCGGUUAUCAACUAAAUACCGGACGGAGAAGAUUUACCCCACCAACGUAGGGGAGAGAGAGGAGAAUGUCAAGAAGAACAGAUAUAAAGAUAUACUGCCAUUUGAUCACAGCAGGGUGAAGCUGACAUUAAAAACAACCAAUCAGGACACAGAUUAUGUCAACGCUAACUUCAUCAAGGGUAUGGAUGGCCCCGAGGCCUAUAUUGCUACUCAGGGCCCACUGCCGAACACUGUCAUGGACUUCUGGAGGAUGAACUGGGAGUACAAUGUGGCGGUUAUUGUAAUGGCUUGUCGAGAGUUUGAGAUGGGAAGGAAAAAAUGUGAGCGGUAUUUCCCGCUGCUUGGGGAGGAGCCCGUGAGUUUUGGCCCUUUCAGAAUCUCUUGUGAAUCAGAGCAGGCCAGAACAGACUACUUUAUCAGGACUUUGACGGUGGAAUACGAAAAUGAAACUCGGAGGAUAACACAGUUCCAUUACAUGAACUGGCCGGAUCACGACGUCCCCUCAUCAUUUGACUCCAUACUGGAUAUGAUCGGACUAAUGAGAGAAUACCAAGAGAAUGAUGAUGUCCCUAUAUGUGUCCACUGCAGUGCAGGCUGUGGGAGGACGGGUGCUAUCUGUGCUAUCGACUACACAUGGAACCUCCUCAAAGCUGGGAAAAUACCAGAAGAUUUUAAUGUUUUUCGGUUGAUCCAAGAGAUGAGGACGCAACGACACUCUGCUGUUCAGACCAAGGAGCAGUAUGAGUUAGUUCAUAGAGCGAUCGCUCAGCUCUUUGAGAAACAACUGCAGCAACUGGAGAGCCCCACCAACACGCAGAUACACGAUGGCAUGGUUGAAAGCAGUCCAAAUAAAGCAUGCCACCACUCAGAUGAUGAGAGAUUGGACACACCACCUCCAAAGCCUCCCCGCAUACGCAGUUCCCAAGUGGAAGGUGACGUGAAGGAGGAGAUACUCCAGCCCCCAGAGCCUCACCCUGUACCCCCCAUUCUGACCCCGUCUCCCCCUUCGGCCUUCCCCACCGUCACCAACGUACGGCAGGACAAUGACCGCUACCACCCCAAACCUGUCAUACACGUCCUGGCAAACACACAGACACAGAAUAAAGAAGUGGAUAAGCAGCAGAACCAGUCACAACCCAGUCCAAACAAGCAGACGAGUCCCUCAGACCAGAAAAACCAAGAUCUACAAAGUCGAAAACAGCAGACUCAGGUCUCAAAUCUAGAUCUCAAUGACAACUAUAACAACAAGUUGUCUUCAACAUCGACGAAAUCAGAAUCGGGCCAAGGCCAGACGCCCUCCUCGCCUCUCUCCCCGGUUGUUGAAUGUUCUGGUGCUCCUCGAAUUGAGAGGAAGCUGAGCAUUGAGAUUAAAAAGGUGCCGCUACAGGAAGGACCUCGUAGUUUUGACACUUCCUCCUCCAUCGGAGUAGCAGGCGGAAUAGGCAGCAGCUCAACCAAUAGCGCCGUAAUGCUGCAAAGAAGCCACGCCUUCAAAGCCCGCACUGGCCAAUCUCUGCUGACAUCUAGCUCCUCGCUGUCAGAGGACUCGGGCACGGAGGGAGGAGCAGGCGGAUGUAGGGAGCGUCACGCAGAUGGAGGCGUCCUAGCCAGACCAAACCACCUCCCUGUGAAGAAUGAGAAGGGGGAGACACAGGGAGGGGAGAGAGUGGAGCUGAAGGCUGGCCAUGCAGCGUGGGCUCAGCCCUGCAGCAGCCCGGAAAAACAGUUCGCCAAAACCUCCUCCUCCUCUUCUUCCUCAGACCGCGUUGCUCCAUCCUCCUCCUCCUCCUCCCACCUCUCCUCCUCUUCUUCCUCCUCCUCCUCUACUCCCGUUAGGACUGCCCUGAGUUUCACUAACCCCCUGCACUCCGAUAAGUCGGACGAGGAGGGGGAUGGAGAGAUGUCCGGAGGAAAGGAGGGUUAUCGUACUAAUGUAUCCUUGGCGACGGCCAUGGUAACCGCAUCCCCUCACCACGGAGACCAGCAGCAGGUCCGGAAGGUGUUGCCCAUGUCGAUCGCAGGGCAGAGCUCUCUGUCACCCUCUCUAAACACAGCAAACUGCUGGGACAGCGAUGACUCCCCUCCCCCCCUCCCUGCGAGAACCCCUGAGUCCUUCAUACUGGCCACAGACCCUCUGGAGGUGAAAACGUCAACCUCAGCUGAAUGUAGCGGUUCACAUAAAGAUGUGUCAGAGUGUGUUAAGAAGACAUCUCCAGCUGACCCUGCAUCUGCUGGCACCACAGCAACAGACCGCAAGGCAGACCUGGGUGGGGUUCGGUAACCGCUGCAUUCAGCCCAAAGGCCCUCGGGAACCCCCCCUGGAGUGGACAUGAUGGAACGAUCCAUCUGCCCCGUCCACCAACAGUGUCCUCCCCUGUCAGGAGAUGGACUCUACCGAUCUCACCUGGCUGGUGCAAAAACCAAGCUGAUAGAUGCUACACAGACAGACAGCACAAUUUUACAUAGAAACACCUUCUGUGUAACUCUGUGCCAACACCUUCUCCAGUUUGAGCUCCUCCUCGUCCUCCUCAUCCUCCUCAUCCUCUUCCUCCUCCUCAGCCCUUCCUUCAAAGUGCCACUGUGCAAAGCAGAAGAACACUUACUGGUCAAGUGGCUUGUCCAUUUUAGAACAAAGCCCACGCUUUCCUGUUCAGCUUGCUGAUGUUAGAGGUGUUAACUUCUCUAGAUGCUGACCUGGGAUCAGUCGUUAUUUUCCUGUUAAUGGUUAACGGAUAAUUCCUGUAUUUUUCCCCUGUUUUUGAUAACUUGAGAGUAGAUUAAGAAGAGGUCUUGUUUCUCUCUCUGAGCUGUAGACACAUCAUGAAAACGUCUCCAUUCUGAGGCUAAGUGAAGAGGGAUGUAGGUGUAACAUGUUCAAUAAAAAAAGUGUUCUCCAUAAAUUGACAGGAAGAACAUUUUCUUUCACACCAAAUGAGAAAAAAAGUUUUUUCAUCAUAAAUCAGGAAUUAUCUUUAAUCAGAAAAGCUACUGUGGGAAGCUAAUUCCUGAGGUUUAACUGAACUCCCCGAAGGUGUCUGCUUCCUCCUACUGAAUGAACAACAAUCUUCAAAGCGAACCUAGAUAAUCUGUUACCCAUGAUGCAACCUUUUCUGUUGGGUAUGUACAGGUUGCCAGGGUGCUCUCUCUCUGUUUCUCUGUCUCUCUCUCUCUCCCUCUUUUCUGUGUGCUGGUGCUACAUUACAAAGGAUCAGCAUAGAAACAGAAGCACUCGAGCUGACUGUGACCAACCUUUACCUGUUUCUCACCUCCGUCGUGGUUUCGUGUAGGGUUUAUUCCUGUGUUAGCUGCAGUUAUGUCAGCUCUAGUACCUUAUAGUUCUAUGCUGACCUGCCUGUUUACCAAAGUCAUAGAUUGACAUAGUUUGGUCAUUCCAGUGGUCAGUAGCAGCCAUGUUGGCUCCAGAGUCCUGCUCUGUGGCUGUUAAAGGAAUUGUUCGACAUUUUGGGAAAUAAUGCUUAUUCACUUUCCUGCCGAGAGUUAAAUGAGAAGUUUUAUACUACUCUCAUGUCUGUGCUGUAAAUAUGGAGCUGGAGCCAGAAGCUGCUUAGCUUAGCUUAACAUAAAGACUGGAAACAGCUGCUAGCCUGGCUCUGUCCAAAGGUAACAAAAUCCGCCUACCAGCACUAAUUAACAUGUUAUAUCUCAUUUGUUUAAUCUGCAGAAAAACUGAAAGGUAAAAACAACAUGGUUGGUUUUACAGUGGGUUAUGUGCUGGACUAUUUCUUGGCAGAGAGCAGUGACUUCCUCAAGAAAUAGUUUGGUGCAUAACACCCCUGCACUGAUUAAACAAAUGAGAUGUAGUGUGUGUAGAGGUGUGGUUAGGCGGUAGACUUAAUUACCUUUGAACAGAGCCGGGCUAGCUGUUCUCCCCUGUUUCCAGUCUUUAUGCUAAGCUAAGCUAAGCAGCUUCUGGCUCCAGCUCCAUAUUUACAGCACAGACAUGAGUGGUAUCCAUCUUCUUAUCUAACUCUCGGCAAGAAAGCAAACAAGUGUACUUUCCAAAAUGUCGAACUAUUCCUAUCAUCUGCUAAUUCUGUGGCACUGGACAUUAAUAAUCAUGUUGACAUCUUCGUGUGGUGUUACAAAACAAAGCUGAAUGCAGCAUACUGAAAAUUGAAACUAAGGAGUUCAGUAAAAGGUGAUAUAAUAUGGUGAGACAGUCUAAGUAGUUGUAAUAGGAUUUUAUUGAUUGACUGAAUUAAACAAAACAAUCUGAUAAUGUUCCUGCUGUGUUGAUCCCAUAGGGCACAAAUAAGGAUUGGAGGUGGUUACUUGGCUUAAGACCCUUUAAAGCGAAGCCAUCUCGACUUAUUGCAUACGUCUAUGAUUUGCAAAACGUUUAACCCAAGAGUGAUGUUCCCUUCUCAAGUAUCUCACAAUAAAAAGCAAGGAUUAGUUAAAAAAACAAAAGCAGAAAUGUGUCAAGGGACCUGAAUCAUUCAACUUUAAAAGCAAAAUUCCCAACUGUGUGCUCAAGAAUUCUGCUAUUUACAGUCACGACAGAGUUAAAAUGACCUUAAAACACAACUGUAAUGGCCAAACUCAUCAGCUCUGUGACUCUGGCUCUCACUGCUGGGACCAUUAGCCUGCUUUAGUCCGCCUCUCAGAGAAGACAGCCAAUGACGGUCCUCCUUAAUCUGGCUUCUCUCUUCAGUUCAUUUCUCUCUCUGUGUAUUUGGCUUCUCUUGGGACUCAAAUUUGCUGUUUUAUGUCUUUUUUUCCUCUGCACUGUCCUGUAUUUUUUUUUUCUUCUGUCGUUGUACCUUUGCUUUUCUGUUCUCAUUCUCCUCCUCCUGGUAGGGCCCUGAGAUGAACGGCCAUGCAAGUAAAAAUUUUUUAUUUUAGCAGCCAGUGUACUCACAAUAAACCUCAGUGUUUCGGAGUAAGAAUGUUACACAUCGCCUGAAACUCUUACUGGACUUAACAGAUUAAUAUAAAGCCUGGCUUUCCAAAACAACCCCUUCUCUACAAAUAGGACUUGUAUGGUUUCUCAUCUGACAGCCAAAUCAUACUGUACCUGCUUCUGUGUGUGUGAGAUCCAAUAAGACAGCAGCAGCAGCUAGGGACCCAGGACUACUGUUUUCUCACGAUUGUUAUUGUUCUCUGCUAACUUCUCCUUCAUUAGCUACCAUUACUAUACAGUAUAUGCAUUGUUUUAUAAAGAUAAAGAACUGUACAGGGCAGUUUAAGUAUAUAAUAUUUCAGAUUUCUUUUGUUAUCUCUUAAAUAUUCUUAUUAACAGAAGAUGUAAGAAAGUCAGUGCAUGAUGAUGAUGAUGAUGAUGACGAUUCCUCCCCUACACAGUGUUUCCAUUCAAACUGUAAAUUAUUCUGCUGCCCUUUUUGUUUUUGCUUCGGGCAAAUAUUUCAGGGUUUGUUUUAUUUUUUAUUUUUAGGAAUUAUAUGCUUAAAAAGAUUGAAUUUUUGUUUUAAUUGGUUGGCAGAGGAAAGGCAUUGAGCAAGCCCCCUUUCAGAUAGCUACAACGGGCUUCGAAUAAGAUUGUAAUAAUAUUAAUGAUGAUAAUAAUAAUAAUAAUGGUCGUUUUUGUAAAUGGUAUUUUAAAAGUUAUUUUUGUAUACGCGGUUGUUUGUUGCAUCACAAGUCCACUGCUCCCCACCCAAACCCCCACUCUCUUCUCACAUACUCCCUCCACCUCUAUUUUAUUUUUCACCCAUUUUUUACAGUUUCUCAGCUUGCUCUUUUAAUGUAAAACAUGCAGCAGAGAUGGAUCUCCUGCUCUGGACAAGGAGCAUCUCAUUAUUUUCUCUUCUUUUGCCUCCUUCAUACUUCCCCCGCUGUUUUCUCUCUUUUAUCUCCCUCCCUCCCACCCAGCCUCAUCUCUGCCUUUGUCAUUUUUAAAAGUCAUUUUCAACACGCCUGUGGUGCCACUUUAGCAAAGCAUCUCUAACUUGUUGGUGGUUCAAAGUAACAAAAUACGCCAGUAAACUGACAAAUAGGCAUGUUGAGAAGAAGUCUCUUUUGUUUUUCCAAUCCUCCAUUUCUUUACGCUUAUCCAGCACAUACCCAUCUACCUACCUGACCCCUUCACAUGCACACUAGCAUCGAUCUCAGAAAAGAGCCCACCUGUGCCUUUAAGUGAGAGCCUGCCUGCCCCUUUCCCCCUCUCCUCCAGUCAUCAUUAGCGGCAUGAGCGUGAGCGAUGUAAUUCGCUGCUGCUUGCUCAUUGCCUCCUGUGGGACUCUCUUCAGCCCCCACCCCACCACCACCACCACCACCUCCACCCUCCGUGCCCACCCCCUCACACAUAAACACACACACACCCAAAAUGUUUGUAUGUUGCAGAAAUCAAUCAGUAAAAAUGAACAUUAAGAAAA